CGUGCCAUGCUGAUGUUUUACGCGCCAAACUUUUCAGAUGUUUUGUUUGGUUUACUUAGUCGGUUUAAAUUUAAAGUUUAGGCUGUAAAACUUUUUUUCGCAUUGUUGAUUGUUGUGGUGUUAAGUUUGCUUUAUUUAUAAUUUAAUAAAUAGCAAUGGAAGACGGAGAUUUCGAUCAACGUUUAAGAGAUUUGCAGAGAGAAUAUCUUGAGUUUUUAGACGAUGAAGAAGACCAAGGCUUGUAUAUGGAAAAAGUAAAAGAAAUGAUUUCAGCUGGCAAAAAACGACUGAUUGUAAACAUUAACGAUUUGAGAAGAAAGAAUCCAGCUCGUGCCAAAAAUCUGUUAGAAAGUGCUUUUGAGGAGCAGAUAGCAUUUCAAAAGGCUCUUAAAGAAUAUGUGUCAUCAAUUGAUCCAACAUUUGCUAAGGAAAUGGAAGAGUUUUUUGUUGCAUUUUCUGGUAGCUUUGGUACCAAACAUGUCACACCAAGAAGUUUAACUUCACGCUUUUUAGGAAACUUAAUCUGUGUAGAGGGUAUUGUGACAAGGGUAUCCCUGGUGCGACCCAAGGUGGUGAGGAGUGUUCACUACUGUCCUACCACUAAGAAGGUUAUGGAGAGGAAGUACACUGAUCUUACUUCUUUUGAGGCUUUUCCUACGACCGCUGUGUAUCCAACUAAGGAUGAUGAAGGUAAUCCAUUGGAGACAGAAUAUGGUUUAUCUCGGUACAAGGACCAUCAGACCCUAACAGUACAAGAGAUGCCGGAGCGAGCGCCUGCAGGUCAGCUGCCCCGCAGUGUGGAUGUCAUCUGUGAUGAUGAUCUUGUAGAUAAAUGCAAACCCGGAGACAGGGUGCAGGUUGUGGGAAACUAUAGAUGUUUGCCGUCUAAACAGGGUAGCUUUACCGCGGGGACCUUCAGGACAAUUUUAAUAGCGAAUAAUGUAACGGAAAUAAAUAAAGAAGCAGAUUUAUCAAUCACUAUGGAGGACAUCAAACUAUGCAAGCGUUUAGCUAAACAAAAAAAUGUGGAUAUGUUUGAAAUGCUAAGCAAGUCUCUAGCGCCAUCUAUUCAUGGACAUGAUUACAUCAAGAAGGCUAUUCUUUGUCUACUACUUGGUGGGAUGGAGAAGAUAUUGCCUAAUGGCACAAGACUUAGAGGUGACAUAAAUAUCCUGUUAAUUGGAGACCCAUCAGUGGCAAAGUCCCAGUUACUCCGCUACGUGCUGCUGACAGCUCCUCGUGCGGUCACCACCACGGGCAGGGGCUCCUCUGGCGUCGGUCUCACUGCUGCCGUCACCACCGACCCUGAUACGGGGGAUAGAAGCCUCGCCGCUGCCAACCCCGUUUACGGCAGGUAUGACCAAUAUAAAACCCCAAUGGAGAACAUCGGUCUACAAGACUCGUUGCUGUCUCGUUUCGACCUGCUUUUCGUGAUGCUGGAUAUCGCUGAUGCUGACCAUGAUAACCUCAUCUCAGAACAUGUUCUUCGUAUGCAUAGAUACAGAAAUCCAAAGGAACAAGACGGGGAAGUACUGCCAAUGGGAUCUACAGUGGAAAUGCUCUCUACUGAAAAUCCAGAUACUGAUGAAGUAGAAACGCAGCCGGUGACGGCGCGCUCGCUGGAGACGCUGAUCCGGCUGGCGACGGCGCACGCCAAGUGCCGCCUCAGCUUCCACGUGGCGGAGCACGACGCGCAAGCCGCCAUCGACCUGCUGCACUACGCAUACUUCAAGAAGGUGUUAACGAAAGAGAAGCGUCGUAAACGGCGAGCGUCCUCCGAGGAGGAGGGCGAAGCGCCCGAGGGCGAGCGCCUCAAGCAGCCGCAUUUCAACGUUAACCAGGAUAAAGGUGAGGGCGAAGACCCUUACGAGUUCUCGUCUGACGAGGAGGCGGAGCCCGUCCUGCGCGCGGCGCACCGCACGCAGCCCGACACGCAGCCUGCCUCUGCUCACACCACUAUUGAUGAACAAAGAUUAACACAAUUCAAGUCAGCACUGCAGCAGCUGUUCCGCGAGGAGCGCGCCAACUCGCUGCCCCUGGACAGGGUGACUCGCCACGUCAACGACAAGUACUCGCACGAGCCCUACUCGCCGGCCGAGCUGCUCGCCGCGCUGCAGCGCAUGACGCACGACAACCACGUCAUGAUGGCCGACGAUAUCGUCUUCUUAAUAUAGGUACACCACAAUGUACACUCAGCUGCAAAUACUUGUAUACAAUAAACUAUAAAAAAAUAGCUGUCGUCCCCGAGUAAUUAAAAAAAAAUUAGUCUAUGUGUUCUUCCAGAUUAUUC